AAAAAUAAUAAAACAACAACAUAUAUGUAUAUGUAUAUUAAAUAAUAAUUUUUAUUUAGUGAAUAUAAUAAUGGCAGUUAAAGAAAAAUCAAAUGAACCAACAGAAGAUUUUGAAUGGAAUGUUGAGAAUGAAAUUCAACUUUUUUUUGCAAUGAAUGGACAUAAACCCGUUGGUAUUCAUAAAUAUUUUCACAUGCUGUGUAUUUGGGAAAAAUUUCGAACAGCUAUUAAUAAAGAUAUUUCAUUAAAAGCAAUUUGGGAUCAUUUAGAAUCAAUGUAUGAUUUAGUCGCAUUAGACGACACUGAAGAUUUACCAUAUCUUAGUAGUGAAAUAGAUUUUACAUUACCAGAAUCUGAUUUUAUGGAUCUUAUGAAAAAUAAACAAAAAGAUGAAAUUGAAAAUAAAGCAAAGGAUACCAAAGAUAAAAGUAAAGAUACUAAAAAAGAUAAGGAAAUUAAAGAAAUUCCAAAGCGGGAGGUAGUAACAAAAGAUCAAAAAACACCAAAAGAAGUAGAUAAAAAAAAAGAAGAUCCUAAAAAAAUAAUUAAAGAAGUUGAAAUAAAAAAGGAAAAGCAGAGAGAAGUUAAAGAAAUAAAAAAAGACAAUAAAUUAAUAAAAAAUCGUGGUAAAGGAAAAGAAGAAGCUGAUGAACCAUCUCCAGUUAUUCAAGCAGCUAAAAAAGAAAGAAAAGAUUCAGAUGCCAGUAGAGAAACUCCUAAACGAGUACCAAAACGACCAACCAGACAAAGUAUUGACAAUACUAGUAAAGCAUCAUCGAGUCCAAGAGAUACUCCGCCACCCAAAAGAAGGAGAACAUAAACAUAUUAAAUAUAAAAAAAUUUUUCUCAUAAUAAAACUAUUAUUAAUAUUAUUCUUAAACCUA